AUUUAAUGUAUAUAAUUCUAAAAUAUACAGUUAAGAUAAAAUGUAUACCUAAUGACCUUGCUGAGAUGAUAGGCGGUACCUAUCUAAAAUAACCUGCAGUGGAAGGACGGCUGUGGCACAAAAUUGUAAUGAUUAUAGUCUGUUAACACUCGUUAUACCUAUACUUUAAUAUGAACGUACAUUUUAUACCCUCAUAUCCAUAUGAUAUUAACUAAUAAGUAAAAAGUAAUCAGAAAUUAUAAUAUGCGCAUAAUUAUAUAAUAUUAUAUUAUUCAGUAUACGUGACAGUGGUGAUACGCCUACACCUACCACUUACGACCUAUAUAUAGAAUAUAUAAAUAGUUGAAAAUACCUAGUCCAGAAAUAGACAUUUUCGGAUUCCAAAUUUCACGACAUCACAGCGGUAUAAAAAGUACGCUUUAUAGUAAGACAAUAUGAGCCGCGGAUUCGUUUUUUCACCGUCGGUGGUCGUUAUUCUCGUGCUGUCUGCCUCCGUACAUUACGCAUGCGGAGAUUGCUGGGACACCGGUUGUCAACCAGAUUCGUGGCUGGUCAAGGGUUGCGAUGAGUACGGCAUGAAGGAGAUAAAGCGCACACCAUGCGGCGGUGGCAACGUCUACUCAUGCUGUCACCAAUACAAUUCGGUUGAUCCAUCGUUGCAACUAAACAAAAUCGGAGACCUCACCUAUUACGAGUUGGGGUUGACGGCGUGCGGCCAAGUGUACACCAACGAAGACAUGGUUGCGGCGAUAGCGUUCGGUCAUUUCACCACGCCAAAUCCCAAUUUAGAUCCCAUGUGCGGAAAACGGGUGAAAAUAGUCGACCCCGGUACGUCAAAAUCGAUCAUUGUGACGGUGAGGGACAAAUGCGAAGGCUGCAAGAUGAAUGAUAUUGAUGUGUCUCCGUCUGCGUUUGAAAAAUUUAAACCGAAAAUUGUUGGCAGAUUCAAAGUAUAUUGGGAUUUCGUUUGAUAGAUAAGCGUAUUAUGCUGUCAUGUCGUAAUUAUGGUAUAAUCGUUUGGAUUACACACAGUUUAUAUAUAUAUAUAUUUUAUAACCUGAAGUACCUCACUGAAGGCGACUUCUUCACUCACGCUAUAUAAAGCAUCCAUUAUGCUUAUUGUAUCAUUUUUGUAUCAUUGUGCAUAAAUUGUAUAAUUUUCUAAAUCAAAAAUAAAAAUAACAUGUACAUUUUACAAGUGCGCGGUGUACUGCAGUACAAUUUACCUAUACAUAUCUGAUAUCUACUAUUAUAGGUAGUAUGUUGUAUGUGUAUACUAUUAUAUGUGCAAUGUACCUGUAAUAAUACCUACCUGAUUAUUGUUGUAUUGCAUUGUAGUAUGCAAUAAUUAAAUUUUAAAAUAUUAAUUAUAAAUAUAUUAUUAUAUAUGUAUAAUAGGUAUUAUAAUAUUUUGGUGUUUCUUAUAAUUGUCCUUUAUAUCCUUUUUCGUUUAAUAAAAUUACAACUUGUGAAUUUCUUAACA